UAAACAAAGGAACCGCUCAAAACCCUUCUCUAUUUAUCUCCCAAAUUUCCUCCCUAUCCCUCGCCAUUCUCUUCUCUAUCUUCCUCCUCAUAUCUUCUCUCUGAUUUCUGGAGGAUUUUUAUUUAAAGAAAAAAAAUCUUGUUUUUUCAGAAGGAAAAAUAAGAAGGCCAUGGCAGGAAGUGGUGUAGUAACAGUAUAUGGAAAUGGAGCAAUAACAGAGGCAAAAACCUCACCAUUCUCUGUUAAAGUAGGAUUAGCACAGAUGCUUAGAGGAGGAGUAAUCAUGGAUGUUGUUAAUGCAGAACAAGCCAGAAUCGCUGAAGAAGCAGGUGCUUGUGCUGUCAUGGCAUUAGAACGUGUACCAGCAGAUAUUCGUGCUCAAGGUGGUGUUGCUCGUAUGAGUGAUCCACAGAUGAUUAAAGAAAUCAAACAGGCUGUUACUAUUCCUGUCAUGGCUAAAGCUCGAAUUGGUCAUUUUGUUGAAGCUCAGAUUCUUGAAGCGAUUGGUGUUGAUUAUAUCGAUGAGAGUGAGGUUUUGACCCUUGCUGAUGAAGAACAUCAUAUUAAUAAGCAUAAUUUCAGGAUUCCAUUUGUUUGUGGUUGUCGUAAUCUUGGAGAAGCCCUAAGGAGGAUUCGAGAAGGUGCGGCCAUGAUUCGAACAAAAGGUGAAGCUGGAACUGGUAAUGUUGUGGAAGCUGUUAGGCAUGUGAGGUCUGUCAUGGGUGAUAUUAGACUUCUUCGUAAUAUGGAUGAUGAUGAGGUGUUUUCAUUUGCAAAGAAAAUUGCUGCUCCUUAUGAUUUAGUUAUGCAGACUAAACAACUUGGUAGACUUCCUGUGGUUCAAUUUGCUGCUGGUGGUGUUGCUACUCCUGCUGAUGCUGCUUUGAUGAUGCAAUUGGGCUGUGACGGUGUUUUUGUUGGUUCUGGUGUCUUUAAGAGUGGUGAUCCUGCUCGACGUGCGAGGGCUAUUGUGCAAGCUGUGACUCAUUACAGCGAUCCUGAUAUUCUUGCUGAUGUUAGCUCUGGCUUGGGUGAAGCUAUGGUUGGUAUUAACCUUAAUGAUAGUAAGGUUGAAAGAUUUGCUGCUCGGUCUGAAUGAAUAAUCAAAGGCUUGGAUUCGGAUGAAUUGCAUUGGAGGUGAGAAUUAGACCUCAUUUCCUUGCUGUUCUUUGGUUAUUCAGGAAAAAAAAAGGUUCAUAUAUGAAUGUUUCGUUUUUUAUUUGUACCAAUGUGUCUGGUAGAUAUAGAUAGUGGUGGGGAUCUUUUAAAAUGUUAGGUGUUCUAGUUUUUUUUCUCUUCUGUAUAACUGAAGAAGAAAGGUUGUUGUUUUUAAGAAUCUUAUGGAAUGAUGUUUGGUUCAGAUAUAUUCUAUUGAAUAUUCCCUAAUAAUAAUGCUAUAUAUUGUCGCAA